UGAAGUUAACAAUGACAUUUUAAUCAUCACUGGCAUCUAAUCUGUCAAUGUCAUCCAGUUUACCUUGGAAACUUGGCACAGACUGAUGCAUAGAGACUAACUACACAGGGGAAAAACAUCAACCUGAACCGGUUUGAAUGUGGGUGACUCAACUCAAAUUUGACUAUAAAAGGACACAUCAUCCAGGGCCAGCCACUGCAUUACACGAACCAAGACAGAUUCGGCUCUGAUUCCCACAGAAAGAUAGAACCGUCUUCAAACAGACAAAGAGUCCAUACCACCACAUGAAGUAUAACUAAUAUUCAGAACACUGGUUAAGCUUGGGACGGGAGACAACAAAUAUGGCACACAACAAGGGACCAUCCCUGUCCAAUUCCCGUGGUUGUGAAAUUUAUGUUGGAAGUGAAAUCAGGGCUUCCAUUUCACUUCUGGAUGUUUUGUACGCAAAUACAUUUGAAGAAGAGGACAUAGACUCCGCAGUAGCUAAGAAGACUGAGGCAGAUUUUUACAGAGGAGCCCCACCUCAAUGGCUUAACUUCUGCUGGGCUGAAAGGGCAACGUCAGCUGAUAAAACAACCCCCUUUAUCAAAAGAGAUGGGUACACUGAGCUGAUACAAAAUAUUAAGAAACAGUGUAAGGGUGACCUGACUUCUACCAUCAAGCUGCUGCAUCAGCCAGGCAGAGGGGGAAUCACUCUGGCCAAGCAGGUGCUCUGGGACAUGAGGAAAACACUGAGGUGUGCUGUUCUAACAGGUCCUACCUCAGAAAUCACCGCUAUCGCCAAGCAGGUGAUUCACCUUUUCACUGCAGGCAAUCAAGGCCACCAGAACACUGUGCUCUUAAUGCUGGAAGAUGAGCGUGUUCUGGAGAAUCUGCAGGAUGCCAUCAUGAAAGAGAUUGCAGAGAGAAACAUUACAACCAACAUGCCUGUGGUCAUCAUUUUAAACUGUUUGCGUAAGGCAGUUAUCAAACAAGAUGACCAUAACAACUCAAGACAUGUUAUUCUCAGGACGGAACUUUCUGAAGCAGAGAAACAACAGUUUGAGGAGAAACAGAUUGAGAUCAGUCGAAGCUACAGCAAUGAACACAAACAGUUUCAUGGCUUUAACAUAAUGCGAGAAAAUUUCUGUGGAGAUUAUGUAAAAAAAACGUUUGCCUUUUUAAAUGUUAGGGAAAAAAGAAGACCUAAAAAUUCCCAGCUCCUUGCUUUCUUAUCACUUGUGAAUGCCUAUGUCCCUGGCUCCCACCUUCUGCAGUCACAAUGUCAGGCAUUCCUGGGUCCUCCAGAUCCCAUUUAUGGAGGUCCUUCCUUUGAGCAGCGAAUGGAGCAUUUCAAACAGCUGAUAGUGACAUACCCUACAAGACAGGGAAAAGACAAAAAUGUCCGCAUGGCUCACUCACUGAUAGCACAGCAGUGUGUUAAGGUACUGGCUACGGCAGGUGUAACCAGGAGUGAUACAGCAACGACAUUUCUGAUAGACUUUUGUGGAGAAGAGGUGCAACAAUGUUUGAUGCCUGUCAUCAAAGACAUGCUGACUAAGAGGGAAAUCAGAGUGGACCAUCAGCAGAAUACAGGACAUGAAACACAGGAUCUGUUUUCCAGGUUGAUUCACGAUAUUGAAGCCAAUGAAUCACAAAUAAAUUGUGCAUCUGUUUUGAAAUUGGCUUCAGAGAAAAUCGUGCAAAACCCAUUUUUCCCUCAAGCUCUUGCUCGUUUCUUUUACCUUAUGAUGAGGGAAUAUGGUAAAGCGGAGCAGUGGGCAAAAAUAGCAAUAGACAGAGAUCCUAAGAAUUCAUUUGUUGCUGACACUCUGGGGCAAGUAUACAAGAAAAAUUUAAAGAGCAGGGUCCAUGAUCCUUCCAUCUCUGCACAAGACAUCUUGGAACUGGCAGAAAAGGCCUUUUUGCAUUUCAAAGAUGUGGAAAGGGCUGCUGAAAAUGAGCAAGGAGCAGACAUGCAAGACGAUGAUACGGCCAACUUCUCACACAUCUUUAACAACAGAGGACUAUUUGGUUAUCUAUGUGUUGCCAACAUUGUUUUUGACUCACUUGUCUCUCUUGAUAAAAACUGGCAAAAGGUUCUUACCAUGGAAAUAUCAGCUGACUCCUUUUUCAUAUCAAUCGGACAGAAAAAGCUCUUCAAUUACAAGCCACUCAUCAUCAGCCUUAGGGAUGAGGUGGAGAGGAAAUGUGAGUUUUUUGACAGUUACUUGACUUACUCCAAGCCCAGCAUGAAAAAAGACGAACCACAUUACUUUCAGACUGAUGUCAAGAACUGCUACUGCAAAUACGUGGGAACAUGCAAACCUAUACACUCAGAGUCUGCAAUAGAUGUACCCCUCCAGAAGCUCAAAGAAGAAAUGGCCAUUGCCUUCCGUGGACUGCUUUGCUGUCUUGAUAAGGGCUAUGAUGAGGGGAGGGAGGUAAUAAAAAAAGAGUGGGAAAAAAGAAAGAUGGUGAUGGUGAGAAUAACGCUUCCCAAAACUUCAUCCUUGCCAACAUCAUCUUAAGCGAAGUGGAUGCAGCAUCUCCAAUGCUUACCCCUUUGCCAAUCCUAAGAAGCGUUCUGGAGAGAAAUCUAUUGGCCAAUUUCAGUAACCAAACCCCAGAGUUUUACUUCUUAGUCCUUUUGCUGUUUUGGCCCGAGGAGCAUAAGAAAAUGGAUUUCAAUUUUGACCUCAACAAAUGUCUUCUGGAGAUGGAAGUCUCCUACAAAAACACAUACAAGAAGCAUCUUCGCUCAAGGUACCUUCGCCCCCUUAUUUUCCUGGGAAAGGGUGAGGGUUUGAGCAGACUGGUUCAUAGAUCAAAAAUAGACAACCUAUUGGUAGAGGAGAAACCAAUGGCAAGGCCAGAGGCUAGGCAAGACUUUAUCUCUCAAAAGUGGAGCAGUGGUGAGGUGUGGAAAGAACCCAGUGUCCAGGAUCUUCUACUUCCAGUCAAUGGAGUGGUUAGACAGCACAGAGUGAUUGUGGGCGUUGAUGGCAAGGAGAUUGAAGUUUCUGCCGACCAACAAAGCAAAGUUUGGAAGUCCGGACACGUCCGCUUCUACCUUGGCUUCACCAUUAGAGGUCCUGUGGCCUACGGCAUCCACAACCCAUCCCAUUCAGAUAGGAUAAAAGAGGAGGAGCCUCGUAAAAUGUUGGAAGUACCGGACAUCAAAUUGAUUGAAGACGGGGCUGUGAGAAGUUGCACAACAUGUGCCAAUGUGAUGCCGACAACAGCAACAAAGUAAGCACUUUGUGGACCUCCACCGGACAGACCUGAUCCAGAGAGUGAGCCAGGUGGACCCCAUCUUGGACAGACUCCUGAAGAGUGGAGUCAUCACUGCCAAUGGCUACAGUGAAGUGAGAUCUGAAAGAACCAAACAGAAGAAGAUGAGGGAGCUCUUUGAUUGGCCCCUGACAGGAUGUGGCCCCAAAGGCAAAGAUAUUUUCUUAGAGAUCCUGAAGGAGCAGGAGCCAUUUCUAUUCAGAGAAUUUAAGGGUGAAUGAGAAGCUGGGGAGGUGAAUGAAUUUGAAGUUUAAUUUUUAGGGGAAAGGGCAUGGAUGACUGACUCCUAGAGAGGGGAGUUAUCGCUGACGAGGGCUAUGAUAAGCUAAAUGCACCACCCAGGACCAGAUGAGGGCGCUCUACUCAGGACCUCCAACGUAAAGGGGCACCAUGUACACUUUCUUUGCAUUUAUAUUUAUAUGUACAUAUUCUCAUUCAGCCCUUUAGAUUUGUGUGUGUUAGGUAGUUGUCAUGGAAUUGUUUGAAAAUAUCACUGCGCUGUUGGAACUAGAAGCAGAAGCAUUUCGCUACACUCACAUAUCUGCUAACCAUGUGUAUGUGACCAAUAUAAUUUGAUUUGAUUUGAGUGAACCUGGAGGAGCUGGUGUCAUCCCUGAUCAAUGAACUAUUCAUGGACAGACCAUGUAUAAUCAAUGAUAGGUAAAUAAAGCCAGGGCGGUGGCAAAGUGUUUCUAAAAAAGGGCACAAAUCUUUCUCUUUGUUUCUUUGUGUGUUCAUGACUUUGUGAAAAUACUCAAAAUAAACCCUUUAAGGGGGGUUGGAGGUUGAAUAGAAUUUCAUUUGUUUAUUUUCAUUUAUUUAGAGACAAGAAAAUGGAAACAUCAUGACAUGUUGAAGAAAAUGAAUAAUGAAAAGAUGAUACAAAGAAAAACGUAAAGACUUCAUUUUUAAGUAACUAUGUGAAUGACAAGUCGGUGAGGUGAAGGAAUAUCUGUUAUUAUGAUCAGCAUG